AUGAACCCAACACCAGAAGGCUUUGCAACAACAGUAGACCUCCUCCGCAAUGCCCUCACCAGAAAGAUUGCUAUUGAUUGCGAGAUGAUGCAGGCCAACAUCGGCCAGGUCCUCGGUCGCGUCUCUAUCGUGAACUAUGAGGGUCAGACUGUCUUUGACACCUUUGUGUGCUACCCUGAACCAAUCAAGAUCACAAACACACAUCAAGAGUAUUCGGGCAUCAAUUGGAACGACAUCGACCCGAAAAACGGCGCGCAACCAUUCUCUGAAGUCCAGACCCGACUGGUUGAGCUUCUCCAUGACCGCACUGUCAUUGGCCAUGACAUACAAAAAGAUCUAAGAGCCAUGUCGAUGGACCUGCCUGCUUGCGUCUCAAAGCUUCAGGUCCGCGACACACAGAAAUAUAGUGGAUACCGAAAGUAUGCCAAUCGCGGCGCCCAUCAGGGGCCGAGUCUUAAGAACCUGUCUCAGCAGGUGCUAGGUCGUCCGAUAAAGCAGGGUCGGGUCUCCAGCGUAGAGGACGCUCGCGCAACUAUGGAAGUUUAUCGCAAUGCUGAGGUAGCUAUCGACCAGGAGCAAACUACGGAAGGCACUCGCGUCACGAAGUAG